AUGGAUGUCCCCAAUUCGCCCUCAAUGCAUUCACGCAGCUCUCCUCCUUCGCAUUAUGAUUCCGAUGAUGACUUUUAUUCUCCUCCAUAUUCCCCUGAUCCUUACUCUUCUCCACCAUAUGCACCGCAGCGUCCUGAAUUUGAGUCACAGAACUCAACCGAAGACGCGGAAGGAUAUCAAGAUUAUGGAGAUCAAUAUCGCCAUACUGCACCUGCAAACAUGCAUGGUCCGUACAAUGCACAUGCCCCACAUUACGGUCGCGCACCCGGCCAUUUUAACAACGGAAUAAUGGCAUAA